AUGAUAGUCGCCAAGGUUUUCCUCUUGUCAAUCACUUCCGGCCAUGGCCCUUGGUUGAUACUAUUCGAGAUCGAGUUACGUCAGUGCCAGCAAAGGGGUCUAAAGAAAAGAAUUGAAAUGAAAAAUAAGGCCGGCCUUGAGGGAGAAGAGGGAGAAGGGAGGGAAGAAGAGAAGCCAGCCGAGCGAGAGGCGACAAUGCCCCCCCCGAGAUGCUUCAGGGAUAGAUCCAGACACCCACGACACCCCAUGCGGGCACCAGCACUGACUAGGACUGGCGCAGGAACUGGCACGCGAAAGCCGAUGGGUGCGGCGCACCAGUGGGUGGUCCGUGGAUCGAGCUGUCGUCGAGGACAGACAAGACGACUUCAGACUCUUGUUAGGCUAGCACUACUAGGUGGUAGUAGAACGUCAGGCCGGCAGAAUUGGUCAUGGCCGCAGGUCCUAUUGCGUACGUUGGCUGCGUAUAUUGGUGAUGCCAUCUUCUUCGUCCCUUUCUCUGAAUAUCCGAACGUCAAGCACAGGCGUUCUGCUUGGACUGACGUGCAGGGCCGAACACGAUUGCGUCGCAUCAGCAGCAUCAGUGGCAUCAGCAACAGGUUCCAGCCACCGCCGACUUUCCGAGUACAGAUCACCUUGGACAAGUACCCGUACAGAGCAGAAGAUUCGCAUCGAGAGUCUGUCCAAAGACAGCGUACGGCUACGCAGAACGGAGCAUGGUCUGGUCUCUUCUUCCCGUAUCCAUUCCCCUGGCGUCUGGUCCGUACGAAUGCCCCGUACUGUAGACCAGACUCAGACACAGACGCGGUGGCCAGUCCAGUAUCCAUUCGUGUGCCUCUAUACAACGUAGACAACAGGGACCCUGGCCGGCACAGGCAGGCAAGGCAUGGAUGGUGGAAGGUGUCUGGAAUGGACUGUUCGCCCAUCGAGUCGAUCCAGUGGGCAGAGAGAGCAGACGAGAUGCGCCGAAGCUUGUUAGGUGUCAAUCAUUGCCAGAGCAGGCCAUUGAUGCUCCGGCGAGCUGUGGGUAAUAAACUGGCCGUCGGCGAACGAGAGUCGAGAGAAUGUCUGCAGCAUGACCGUGGUGAAGAUCGUAGCCGGGGUCUAGUGAAGGGCAUCCAAGUUGGUAAUGUACGAUACGGAGCAUGUACUUUUCGAAGAGCCGAAUUGGGACGGUACUGGAAUGUCGAGUCGCUACCAUCCCACGGCGAGACACAUGCGGGGGAUCUGUUAGCGCGAGACGUAUCCUCCAGUCGGGACCCGGCAUUUGAGGGGUCUAUUGGGACCUUUGGGGGGAGGACUCAAGGAGGAGGGGGACAACAGAGCGCGCUGAAGGUCUGCAAGUUCUACGAAAAUCUGCGACGACACUUGCAGGGGACCAUGCGUCUCAGCGUGGGAAAGAGCGGGUUUCAGGACAAGGGAGGGCCCGGUGCGGACCGGGAAAGCCUUCAGGGAAUGGUGGCUGGCACUGGCUCGCGGGAGAGUGCCCGACGCACUGAUGUAAUUUGCUUAGCCCACCGCGCCGGCCGACGAAUGACAGCCUCUAGAGCGGGGAAUCCGAACCAGCGACGGGCUUUGAUUCUUCGAGCCCGGAUUCCUCGCACUGCGCUGGUUGAUCUAUACGCCGCUGUUUUGGCGUCCUCCGGGCUCCGAGAAAGCCCACUUACACUCGAGCUGACCAAGGCCCUCGGGGAGGAUCACUGUACGGACAAACACCACCUUGUUGUUGUCGUUCCAUCAUCAUCAUCAUCAACACCCGUUCCUCGCCCAGGAAAGGAGCUCAGGAGCUCGAACUGGAAGUCUGAAAUGGCCGUUGUUGCCGAAUUUGCCGCCUUGCCGAAAGCUGUGUUCGACAACUCGGCCGUUGAACCGCGCGAUCAUCAUCCGGAAGUGGCGUUCACCUCGCACAAGCUUCGCCCAGGAUCAUCGAUGAGGCUCUACCUACCUACUUCGUGCCCUUGGGCCCCCUCCUCCCCUUGUCGUUCCCUCACCUGCCAGAUCUGGCUAACGGAAACGCAUUUCUCUGGGCAAAACGCCCAGCGAACUAGUCUCGGCUUCUUUACCAAUGAAAGUCUGUAA